AUGGUGAAACAAUUCGGAAAUGUCAACCUCAUCGCUGCUAUUGCAGUCAUCGGCGGUGGACUCUUCGGAUUCGACAUCUCGUCGAUGAGUGCCAUCAUCGCUACUCAGCCAUACAAGUGUUUCUUCAACCAGCAAGGACUGAAUGCUGCCGGCCAGUGCAUUGGUCCCAAGGCCGACGUUCAAGGUGGAAUCACUGCCUCCAUGGCCGGUGGUUCAUGGCUCGCUGCCCUUUGCUCUGGCUACCUCUCUGAUCGUCUUGGUCGCAAGAUCGCCAUUCAAACCGGAGCCGUCAUCUGGGUCAUCGGGUGCAUUAUCGUCUGCGCUUCUCAGAACAUCGCUAUGCUCAUCGUCGGUCGUAUAAUUAACGGCUUCUGUGUUGGCAUCUGCUCUGCUCAAGUCCCUGUCUACAUCUCUGAGAUCGCUCCACCAAGCAAGAGAGGAAAGCUCGUCGGCGCUCAACAAUGGGCAAUUACCUGGGGCAUCAUGAUCAUGUUUUACAUUUCUUACGGAUGCUCCUUCAUCACUGGCAAUGGUGCUUUCCGCGCUCCCUGGGCGCUUCAGAUGAUUCCCGCCAUUUUGCUCUUCUUCGGCAUGAUCUUCCUACCCGAGUCUCCUCGCUGGCUUGCGUCAAAGGACCGCUGGGAGGAAACUCGCGCAGUCCUUGCUCUCACUCAUGGUCACGGCGAUCCGGACAGCCCCUUCGUUGUUCACGAGUUCAACGAGAUCAAGGAAUGGAUCAGAAUUGAGUCCGAAGCUAAGAACGCCUCUUACCUUGAGCUCUUCCGUCCUCGUAUGCUCAACAGAACCAUCAUCGGCAUAUUCAUGCAAAUCUGGUCCCAGCUCACCGGCAUGAACGUCAUCACUCCUGGCUAUAGGAUGUACUAUAUCACCUAUGUAUUCCAGAUGGCAGGCCUGUCAGGAAACAACCUUCUCGUCUCCUCAUCCAUCCAGUAUAUCAUCAAUGUCGUCAUGACUGUUCCUGGACUUCUUCUGGUCGACCGCGUGGGCCGUCGUCCUCUACUUCUGAUUGGAGCAGCCUUUAUGGCUCUGUGGUUGUUUGCCAAUGCCGGCAUACUCGGUGCAUACGGUACUUACCCUGGUCCCGGAGGUGUUGGAGGCAACACGCCUGAGGCGUCCACCGAAGUCACAGGCGCGGCUUCCAAGGCCGUCAUUGCUUGCUCAUACCUCUUCGUUGCGUCCUAUGCACCUACUUGGGGUCCUGUCUCCUGGAUCUAUCCUUCAGAAAUCUUCCCCAACCGCGUCAGAGGAAAGGCAACAGCUCUCGCAACCUCUUCGAACUGGGCAUUCAAUUUCGCUUUGGGCUACUUCGUCCCACCCGCCUUCAUCAACAUCAGAUGGCACACCUACAUCGUGUUUGGUGUCUUCUGCGUCGCUAUGUGGCUUCACGUCUUCUUCUGCUUUCCCGAAACCGCAGGCAAACCGCUUGAGGAGGUCACCGCUAUGUUCGAGGACCCCAACGGCAUCCGCUACAUUGGAACACCUGCCUGGAAGACCCGCGCAUCCACCUCAACCACAUCUCGCCUGGAGAGAGGAGAGGAUCUUGAGAAGAAACUCAGCGAAGAGGAGAAGCCUGAGACGCACGAAGUUGCUCCCAAGCAGACUGCCUAA